CUGUCGCUGUUUGAAUACAAAGGGCCAGGGCGCAGAACGCACCAACUGUCAAGCGCUAUAGGCUACGGUUAAGGCCAGCAGUGUAUUUCAAGAUUACUUCCUUGAAUUAAAUUGCAGAUCAGGCUCAUCACGGGAUUUCUGGGAAGAAGAAGAUCAGUACAGAUUGGGACUUUGGAGAGGGAGGAAGCACUCUGAAAAGGUGAUAUCUGAAUCAUAUGCCACUCUCCAGGAGUUCUUUAAGACACCAUAAACAACUUCUCUUCCAAAGAAGACUUCAACCCAGGCUGUUGCCGGCCUGCUGCCUAGUCUCCUGCUGCCAUGGCGGACACCGACAUUGAGAUCCUGGAGGACCGCGACAAGUUGAAGCGGAGCAUGGUGAAGGUGCUGGAGUGCGUGGCCACCAUCUCGUCGGCGGCCGCCGUGGUCAAUCCCAUCUUCGGCGUGGCCGGCUCGCUCAUCCGCGUGGUGCUGCACCACAUCGACGACGAGGAGAUCAAGACGCUGAAGCGCGAGUUCGGCACCGUGCACCGCGCCCUGGACGAGCUCUCGCAGCAGCACCGCAGCGCCCUGCUCCAGAUCAAGAAGGAGACGCUGGACGGCCAGUACUGCCGCGUGGAGGAGAACCUCCGCAACCAGUUCCGCAAGUUCAUGGAGGUCGUGGAGGCGCGUCCGGGCACGCACCAGGAGCGCAAGAAGGACGACUUCGAGGAGAGCUACGCCAACGACAUGGGCGACCAGAACCUGCACACGCUCUACGAGGGCGUGAUGGGCAAGCCCAAGCUGUUCAGCCGGCCCAUCCUGGAGGUGUACUUGAAGCACUCGCAGGGCGACCGACGCAUCAUGGAGCGCCUGUGCACGCGCCUCACCUACCUCUUCUGCAUCGGCCUGAUCGCGCUCAUGGGCUACGCCGCCAUCAUCGGCGACGACGAGGAGGGCCUGAGCGAGGAGUGGACCGAGAAGAUGGAGAACGUCCAGGAGCGCAUGCAGGACGUGCUGCGGAGGUGCAAGUGAGGAGGCCAGAGGAGGCGAGGAUGCUCCCUCCCGACUGCUCCUUCUUCUCAUGUUAACAUGCAUUGGACCUUCCUCCCUCAAAGACACUUCCUUUCUCUCUCUUCUCCUCUUUGCCUUUUCUUACUGUGGUUUCAUUCUCUGUAUGCAUACAGCAAUCCGAGAUUCCACUCCUAAAGCUCUUGGUAUAGCCAGCAGGUGACCCAGAAUGUUGUAGAGCUCGAGAGGUUCCCAGGCUGUGAUGCAAACUGCACUUUCUCUUUCACUCACCUGUGCUUGUGUACUGUUCAGGUCUGAUAUUUUUUCUGUUAUCUCUACACUUCUUUUUUUUCCCCAACAAUCGUAGUGACUUCCCGGUGGCUUUGCGAGGGUACGAAACUAGCUCUCAUACAGUCGUUGUUCAGGCAUAUUUAGCAGCAGUUAGGCAGAUUAGCAGCAGCAGAAAGGCAGUUCCACUAUCGUAUUCUACCAUAAUCUCGCGUCCUACCAUGUGAGAUAGAGUCUUUAAGAGCAGUGGCGUGAAACAAUAUAGCCUCAUAUGCAUGACUGGUCUGUGAUCACACUAUAGCAUUAACCACAGGAAGACAAACCUGGAGGUGAUAUGAAAAACACUAAUACACUUGCUAAUACCACUGAGUGAGCAGCCUCACACACACACUACAGCUAUUACUACUAUCUAUUACACCACAAUACAGGUUCAUGACCCUAUGAGAAGUGGACAUUAUGGCACUAUUCAUGUUCCACAAUUUACCAGAACAAAUGAUUCCAUAUGCUACCACUACUAUCACGCAACCUGCUUUUUUUGAUCACUUAAACAAGCCAAUUUCUUCUUCUGCCGGCUUCUUAGUUUGGCAAGAUCCAGCUUUACUCUCAAAAAAGAACACUAUAGACCAGCACUACCCAAAAUAGACCAUAACACUACAUUCAGUUUGAUGGGAAUUCUGGUUUCAUAACACCUCAUUGUUCAAGCACUACAACACACACACACACACACACACACACACACACACACACACAUUGUGCUGUAAACAGUACAUCAUAUUCUUUAGGCAUGGAAUAUUAUGAUAAGAGAUGUGAAAUAAUGCCGUAACAAACAAGUGAGUUAAAAGAAAAGGUCAACAUUCUAUACAUAGGAAUGCAUAGCCCUCUGGUGAAUGCUCUGUUAAAGAAUCAAGUCAAUUAUGUUUUAUUAAAAUGAAGAUAUACAUGUUUUGUUUAUCAUGCACAUUUUUGCCAUUAUACUUUGUUAUUAUUAUUUUUUUUAUUUAGUCAAAUUCUAAUUUUCAUGUCAUUUAAUUAAUGGCAUUUAUAUAUUUUUCAUACCUUUCAAAUUGUUUUGACAAAACGCCUUCAGUGCCUCUAUGGUGUAAUACAUGUUAUGCUCCAAGGCUUCAAGUUUCAUGUGUUUCAAAAUUGUCUAUAAAAAGAUUUGAAAAAAUAUGUUCAGCAGCAAAGCAUUGCUGUAUUGACAAAUUCACUCAUAUUUAGUUGAAGGAAAGUCCAACUGGACAUUACAGGACGCUAAUGUGUUCUUGUGAUAUAUUCAGCAAUUUCCCUAAAUUAUGUGACGUUUAAUUCUCUGUUGCAUAAUGCUUCCAAUAAAUAUAUAUAACAAA